AUGGCUUCUUCUCUAUUUAAAUUAUCUUCCGUGUUAGUAAACUCGUCAAAAAAUCUACGAUGUGUCGUUCGUUUGAUGGAAAAGAGAGAUUUCUCCACAACAAAUGUUACCGCGAGGAAGGAACGUGACACAAUGGGGGAACUUGACGUCCCCGACGACAAAUUGUAUGGCGCGCAAACUGUUCGGUCUAUUAUGAACUUCCCUAUUGGCGGUAUUGAAGAACGGAUGCCGUAUCCGGUAAUUAUUGCCAUGGGUAUCUUGAAGAAGGCUGCAGCUAAAGUCAACAUUGAAUAUGGAUUGGACAAAAAACUAGCGGACGCUAUAAUGCAGGCUUGCGAUGAUGUGAUCUCUGGCAAAUUGUACCGUGAAGGUCAUUUCCCACUUGUUAUCUGGCAGACUGGUUCUGGUACUCAAAGUAACAUGAACACAAAUGAGGUAAUUGCUAACCGAGCCAUUCAAAUUCUCGGAGGAAAACUUGGCAGCAAAGAUCCCGUACAUCCAAAUGAUCAUGUGAACAAGUCCCAGAGUUCAAACGACACUUAUCCUACAGCUAUGCAUAUUGCAGUCGCUAUGGAACUAAGGGAUAGACUUAUGCCAGGAUUGGUUGUGUUGAGAGACACCCUAGCAGCAAAGUCUAAGGAAUUUGAUAAGAUCAUCAAGAUUGGCAGAACCCACCUGAUGGACGCCGUUCCCCUGACCCUUGGUCAGGAAUUCAGUGCGUAUGCGACUCAAUUAACUUAUGGCAUUGAACGAGUUUGCACCACCUUGCCGCGUCUUCACUACUUGGCUUUGGGCGGGACUGCAGUUGGAACUGGUCUAAACACCCGUAUUGGAUUCGCUGAGAAAUGUGCCAAGGAGAUUGCUAAUCUUACAGGUAUUCCAUUCGAGUCGGCUCCAAACAAGUUUGAGGCGCUCGCCUGCCACGAUGCAAUGGUAGAAGUCUCUGGAGCUCUGAACACAAUCGCUGUGUCAUUAAUGAAAAUCGUAAAUGACAUCCGUCUGCUGGCCUCUGGUCCCCGUUGUGGUCUCGCUGAACUGUUGCUCCCAGAAAACGAACCUGGAUCAUCUAUUAUGCCAGGCAAAGUCAAUCCCACCCAGUGCGAGGCGCUAACUAUGAUCGCCGCCCAGGUUAUGGGUAACCAUGUGGCGUGCACGGUUGGCGGUAGCAACGGACAUUUUGAGCUCAACGUGUUCAAGCCCAUGAUGGUAGCGAACGUCUUACGUUCCAUUAGAUUGCUGGGUGACGGCUGCCAAGCAUUCAACAAGAAUUGUGCAGUGGGUAUCCAGGCGAACACUGCUCAAAUUGACAAAAUCAUGAAGGAGUCUCUCAUGUUGGUUACAGCUCUCAAUCCUCAUAUAGGUUAUGAUAAGGCUGCCCAGAUAGCAAAGACAGCGCACAAAGAAGGUGGUACACUUAAGGACACAGCUAUUAAGCUAGGAAUCCUAACCGCUGAACAAUUUGACAAGUGGGUCCGACCAGAAGAUAUGUUGGGACCCAAGUAA